ACGACAUGACGCACAGUACGACAUGAGCGUAUUUGAUUUCACGUAUGUUGUUGAUAAGUAGCUAGUAGCUUGAUAAAAUGGCGUCUACUUGGAAAACACAUUUAACGGUUGCGCAUUUCAUCGCCUUGUGUAUCAUCACUAAAACCCAAUCAAGACAAAUAAUCAAGGAGACUGUCGUGUUAAACGUGACAGCAUUUAGUGAAAUUAACCAGACAAAGUACAGUGUACAGAUUAACUUGAGUGUAGGUCUCUGGGACAAUGAAACAUUCAUUAAUGGAGCUCCUCUCAAAUCCUCAGGAGUCACAAGGCUUUCAUGUCCUGCUCUGCUCUUGGAUGGCUAUAAUGUGAGCUCUGGUAAGACAGCUGGUGGGUUGGUCAGCAGUGAGCUGAGGCUGAUGUUGAAUCAGUCAUAUAUUCAGAGCAAUGCAGGAGAGAAGGUUGUGUUACUCAUCCUGAGUCAGGAGAUAAUCCAGCUGGCGGAUGAAAAGGUCCAGCAGCCUGACAUCUGUGAGGUGGAAAUCCUUUGGAACCAGAACUCUGAAGAGAUCACACAGGUUACCAAUUUUUACCCUUCAUCGAGAAGCCAGCUCUCUGCCGUCCCACCAGAGAAUGAUGUCUUAAUGACUGAUGCAUCAAUAGACAAUACAGGUGAAGCCCAAGUGCUCAACACCACCGGCCACUAUUUAUUAAAACAUGCAGAGACCACUCAAGAGGAGAUUGCAGCUCCAGGAAAGCUACCUGAAACACCCUUGCGGAUGGACCCUGAUACCCUGUAUGAGUCUAGAGAGGAAGAGGAAAGGAAUUCAGAUUACUUACUGCCUGAGGUUCCUCUUAGAGAGUCAAUGUCCUCUUACAGUGUGGCGUGCCAAUGGGUUGAAGAGCUGAAGGAUAAACUGAGGAGAUUCUGGUCCGAUUCAAUCCCACUCUUCUUGUUAAUCAUGUGGGUGGCGGUUGUUGGUGUUGCAGGCUCUGCUGUCAUUAUUAAGAUCCUGGAUCUUCUCUUCCCAUCCUGUGAACACAGAGGAACGUUUCAUCUGAAUCUAGAGACACUAAUGCCAGAUGAUGAAAAACAGAGGCUAAUCAAUAACACAGAGAAUGAGGGGGAGACAACAGAAAAAAGCAUUUUGAUAGAAAAGUGAUGGCCAUGGAUGUGUUCUCAUCAGUUUUGUCAUGUGGCUUUAUUUGGUAAAUGAUACCAAUGGCUUCGGUGUAGCACUUUAAAAAAAAAAUAAAUAAAAAUAAUUCUGUAACAUUUUCUAAUGAAACAGAAUUCUAUUUUCACAUGCUCUGUAUGAAAGCAUUAUCAGCUGAUUGUUUAGUUUAUCGUUUUGUAUUCACUGUUGUGCGUUUUUGAGAAGAGAAAACAUAUGUGGUGCAUUUUUAAACUCAUUAAACACAGUACCACUUAACAAAAAUGCUCCUGCCUGAAUUGUAAAUCUGAAAAAUGUAAAAUCUAAAUGGGUAUGAAACAAAUGAGAAAAAAAAAAAAUAGAAUUGAAUCCAGUUAGUUGUGUAAAAUUUAAUCCAGCUGAUCUUGAACGGUCCUGCUUUGACUAUUUAAUGCAUGUUUUUCUUAUUUCUUACUGUGGAUCUGUUUUUAGAAGUGGCCUGUAUUAAAGGUGCUGUAAUCGUUAUCCACGCCGCCUCUCACAAACCCAGCACUCCAAAGAUACCAAAUGAGCUUUACUGAGACCGACACGGAGCACAAACAGUUGUCAAACAGCAGCAAAAUAGCGGCCUCAACUGACAACUGUUAUGAACAACGUAGCAUAAAAAUGGCAUUAUGCCUCAAUAAUUCGCUGCAACUACAUACUAUGAAAAUGUGCAAAAUGAUUGACAGGCAGAAAGACCGCAAACACGUUUUUGUUUGCUCUUUACAGAGUCUAGAGCUGUCACAGACCGGUGAGAUAUCUCACGACACUUAUUUAAAUAAUAUCUUUCAGGGUGUAGAAAAUUUUUUGCAUACUUUUCCAUUAAAUAUUGCUUACAGCACCUUUAAAUUCCUAUACUGUUUACCUUUCAUGUAAUAUGCAUUUUGCUUCAGUCAGCUAUGGAUGUUGCAUCAAGCAUGCAUACUAGCAACAUAUUUCAGGUUUAACCUGCAUUAUAUGACAUUGACUUUUACAUUUUGGGUUGUGCUUUCUGUAAGUUUCCCUUAAGACUUCAAAUGACUGAAAUGUUUCUCUCAGUGCAGUUUAAGCAUUGCUUCGUAGCAUUAGAGUAGACAAAUGUCCCAUUAAGAAAAGUAUUACAGCUGAUCUUAAAAUGUCAAUUUUAACUAGUGUCCUAAAUUUCAUUGUAGCCCCUGAAUGGAAAGACCAGCUGUUAUUGGAUUUUAAUUAAAUCAAAUGUGUGUCACUUGUAAAAAUAACUUUUUUCACAGUUUGUUAUAUUAGUAAAUUCUGCACAAUAAAUGAGUUUGAAUCUCA